GGUGGGGUGGAAGGUGUCACCGAAGAAUAGUCGAGGGUGGGGUCAACCGAUGGCAAUUGGUAUAAAAUCCACGCUACCGAAAUGCUACGGUACGCAGUUGUUGGAGAAGAACCAUCGGAACGGUAUUCACUUAAUCAUCACAAUGGAUUGCAAAAUUAUCGGUGUUUUGGUCGCUUUCCUAACUGUCGCCCGUGCAGGAAUAAUUGGGUCAAGCGCGGGACUAAUUGCUCCCGGCGCAGCAACCGUGGCAGCACUUCCACAGGCUGCGGUCGUUCGAACCGAAAAUUUCGACCCAAAUCCCCAGUACAGUUUCAGCUACAGCGUUGCCGACGGUCUUACCGGUGAUAACAAGGCGCAAGAGGAAACUCGUAAUGGCGACGUGGUACAGGGUAGUUACAGUUUAAUCGAGCCCGAUGGUUCCCGUCGCGUGGUUUCUUACGCUGCCGAUCCCAUCAACGGUUUCAACGCGAUCGUACAAAAGGACCCUAGCAUCACGGUAAAGACAGCCGUUGCCGCGGCACCAGUCGCAACCGCCGCAGCAGUGCGUCCUGUCGUUGCAUCCCCUGUACUCGGACGCCAAUCGGUUAUCGCUGCGGCCUCUCCUGGUGCCACAGUCGCUGUCCGCCCUCAGGCUACGCUGUUAGGUGGACAAGCUUUAUUGAGACAACCGCUGCUGACUGGUCAAGCCCUGACGACGGCUAAUUUGGUGGCCGGUAACGCGGGACUGGUUGGACUCGGUUUGGGACUUGGACUGAGACAAGGAUCUCUGUACGGUACGCAGGCUCUGCUCGCUGGAGCCUACGGGGCCGGUGGCAUCGUUAAAGUUCACUAAAUAACCGAACGAGACGCAACUUGACUCGGCAGCUCGUUUCAAACCGACUCGGCGCCACUGUUUUGUUUCUCUGAACUUUGCUCCGCUUUGUUCCCUGUAUACGCUGUACGUCAGCAAGCACGAAACACGCUUCGAAAUUCGUAUGUAUCGUUUGAGCGCGUCCGAAUUACGCGUACUAUUUUUCUCUCUCUCGUUUAAUGCUUCCUCUAUCUCUGAUAUUUGGUCAGUUCGAUUUUAAUUAUCCGCCGGCAAUUAGACGGUUCACGCUAUUAUUAUGUAUUUUUAAUUCGUUGAAAUUCUUCGACCGUGAUACUAUUCGUCGAUAACGCGUUGAUCGUAUCUAUUGGUAAUGUCGUACAAAUCUUUGUUUUUCGAUCGAACGUAUAAAACGAAAAAUUGUCAUGCCAAAAUGAUCACCGAUCAAUACCUUCCGAGUCAGAGAAAAUAAACGAUCUACGGUCAUCUAGCAUUACAACGAACUCGUUGACCAUGCACAACGCACCACCAAUCACGAACCACCCACCACGCAUCACGCGACCGCAUCGAUUUCGUUUACUCGCUUUUUUUCAUGUAUUAUGACGUACAAAGGGCAAAGCCGAGAUUAUAUCGAUAUAAAUAUAGAUAUAGAUAUAGAUUGUAGGUAUAUAUACAUAUACGUAUAUGUAUAUGUAUCUAUAAGUAAUGGCGUAUUCGCGCAUGCAUUCUGUGACAUGAGAUAUUUACACGUAACAUAAUAACAUUACAUUCUCCAUGGAUCACGGGUUUUUCGUGAUUUUCAUUCGUCCGUCAUUUACGUAAAUCUCCAAAGAUGGAAAUUGUGUAUGCGAGAUUGAAGCGACGAAACGUACGCGUUACUUUAGUUUACAACAUUUAGAUAUUUAAUUAACUUGGCGCUGCCAAUUUCUAUCAGAUAUAUAAGUUUAUUUACCAGCCCUUUCCCUCGUCCGCCUUUAUCCCUUUCUUUUGUAAACAAAAGUACCGUUAUUGGAUGAGAAAAUAAAUCUAUUAUUUAGCAACUG